AUGACUGAGAACAAUAUAUAUUCGGUUGCAUUGACGGUCUUAAUGUGGAUAAGUGUAUCUGUGAGAGUAUCAGGACAUAAUGAGUCCACAAAAUGGGCGUUACUAGUUGCUGGAUCUAAUGGUUAUGAAAAUUAUAGACAUCAAGCUGAUGUUUGUCAUGCUUACCAAAUAUUAAAAAAGGGUGGUCUAAAAGAUGAAAAUAUUAUCGUUUUCAUGUAUGAUGACAUUGCCUUUAAUCCUGAAAAUCCAAGGCCUGGUGUUUUAAUUAAUCAUCCAAAUGGUUCUGAUGUUUACCAUGGAGUUCCAAAGGAUUAUAUUGGAGAUGAAGGAAAUGAAAAGAAUUUAUUUGCGGUACUUAGUGGUAAUAAAAGUGCUGUAAAAGGAGGUAGUGGUAAAGUAUUAGAAAGUGGACCAAAUGAUACCAUUUUCAUUUUCUAUGCAGACCAUGGCAGUACUGGUUUUGUAGGUUUACCAGCUGGUGGUAAUCUUUUUGGCAAAGACUUUGUAGACGCAUUGAAGAAGAAACAUGAUGCUAAAUCUUAUAAAAAAAUGGUGAUAUACAUGGAAGCAUGUGAAGCUGGGAGUAUGUUUGAGGGACUUCUUCCAAAUGAUAUAAAUAUUUAUGUAACUACGGCAUCCAAUGCAAUCGAGAAUAGUUAUGCAUUUUACUGUCCAGGGACUCUUAUUCCACCACCACUUGAGUAUACAACUUGUAUAGGAGAUUUGUACAGUAUUUCAUGGAUGGAAGAUAGUGAAACAAAUGAUAUGACAAAAGAGACUUUGAAACAACAAUAUAAAAUUGUUCGGAAGAAAACAAUAGGUCAGCCAGAAGGUUCUCAUGUGAUUCAAUAUGGUGAUUUAAAGAUGAACAAUAAUUUUCUAUCUACAUACAUUGGUGCAAACCUUACUAAUGUUAAUGUUGACCAUGAAUCAUACAUUGGUCUAUUUCCUACAACUCCAACAAAGCAUAUUGACCAAAGAGAUGGUCGUUUGAUUUAUCUUAAGACCAAGUUGGAAAGGGCUUUGAAUGAUUCAACGAAUAAGCUAAAAGCUCAAAAGGAAUUAGAACUUGAAAUUACACAUAGAAAACAUGUUGACAACAAUUUUCAACUCAUAAGUAAUCUCUUAUUUGGAAAAGAGAAUGGUUCCACAAUGCUGUUCCAUGUUCGUGCUCCUGGACAACCUCUGGUCGAUGAUUGGGAUUGUUUCAAGACACUUAUAAAAACUUAUGAAGGUCAUUGUAGUCCCUUAUCAAACUAUGGAAGGAAAUACUUAAGAGCCUUUGCUAAUAUGUGUAAUGCUGGUAUUAGUGUGAAACAAAUGGUUGCAGCAGCAUCACAAGCUUGUCUAAAGAAAGAAUAA